AUGUCGUGCAGCACGUCCACCUCGGACGCGCCCAAGAGCAAGCCGCUGGAUGCCAUGGGAGAUAUUACGCGUCUGAAUGCUAGGACGGUACGGAUUUUGGGCCAAAACCCAAGCACCUUUACAUUGAAUGGCACCAAUACCUAUUUGCUCAUGCCGCCAAGCGACUGGAACUUUGAGGAUCGGAAUACGCUUCUACCAGCGAUGCUAGUCGAUACGGGCGAUGCCAGGGAGGACUAUGCGCCGAUCCUCGAGCAGGUCCUGCGUGGCAACUUGUCCAUGCAGGACGAUGCACACGCGCCUGUGCGAAUUGGCAUUACAGACAUUAUCUUGACGCACUGGCAUCAUGAUCAUGUCGGUGGUGUUCCUUUUGUCUUGCGUAUGCUGGACAAAUUGCGCAAAGAGGCAGCGCCGUACGCUCAGGUCCCUGUCCCUCGUAUCUUCAAGUUCCCAGAGCCAGUGACAGAUCCCAGUCUGUUUGAGCGUGUAGAACGUGUGCCGCUCAACGCGUAUCUCCAUGUGCCUGGCGUAGAUGGCCCUGCCCGUAUGAUGUGGCCGCUUCGUGACAAUAUGACGAUACGCGUCAGGGACCCCGAAGAUCCGACGCGCGUAACAUCCGUGCGCGCUUUAUAUACGCCUGGCCAUGCGGCAGAUCAUAUGAUGUUUUUGUUGGAAGAAGACAAUAUUUUGCUCACAGGCGACAAUGUUCUGGGCCGGGGCUCGACUGUGUUUGAAGAUCUCAUUUUGUACAUGCAUGGGAUUCAGCGUGGUCUGUCCUUGCUAACGAUGCGACCAGCCACGCCGCUGGGCGUCGUAGGUACGCCGAUGACGGGGAUGAGCGGCGAAAAUGUGCUGUUCCCAGGGCAUGGCCCCGUGAUUCCCAAAGGCAAGGAGACGCUACGUCGCUACCUGAAGCAUCGUGUAGAGCGAGAAGAGCAGCUUCUUGCGCUACUUACAUGCCGUCCAGGCGACAAGGAGCGAGUGAACAAGGCGAUUGCCUACCCCAUGGAACACAUUGAGGCUGCACAGCAGGGGCGCGCGGCGACGCAUGUAUGGACGCUCCGCCAGUUUGUGAGUGCGCUCUAUGAGAACUAUGCGCUAAAUAUGUACCCAGCAGUGGCGCGAGUCCUGCUACUACAUCUACAAAAGCUCUCCGUGUCGCCAGCAGAGCACAAAGCGCCGCCCUUCCCUACGCGCCAGACGGUGCCAUCGACGGCGUGGGCGCUGACGGGGCCGCUGGUACGUUGUGCCUCGCUGCCAUCGUUCCAACGUACAUCGCAGCCGUUCCCUGACCUGCCCAGCAACGACACGGAAUGGCGCGAGAUGCUCGACCUACCGUGGUGCUUGUCUGCGGCCUGA